UAUUGAAAAGAGGUAUUUUUUUGAAGGAGGGAUUGCAAUGCCGCGUGCAGGCCUAAGACCACGAGUGAAAAAAGACCAUGAUUCAGAAAACGCGUUUUGUAUUGAAAAAGCAGAAAAGGUGCCUGUAUCUAGAAAGGCCCCGACAAAAACAGUUCGGAAGCGUGGCAAAGAGAAAGCAUGCCUUGUUGAGGAAAGCAAUGCAGUCGUUAAAGUCUUGAAAUUGUCGAAUUCUGAAAUAAAAGAAGAAGUCGAUGCUCGACGAGUCGGAGUUGUGAAAGCUGAGGUGCAUUUGCAGAGUAUCACGAUGAACGGGGAUCGAUGUUCAACUGGUCUCAAAUUCAUGGGUGCCCAUGUUUCUGCUGCUGGAAGCAUAGACACCGCUGUCGAGAAUGCUGUGAAAAUUGGCGCCAAAAGUUUUGCGAUGUUUCUGGCUUCUCAACGCCAAUGGGCUCGGAAACCUUUGGAUGACCUCGUUGCAGAAAAAUUUCGUCAAGCCUUGAAAAAUUCAGGAAUUCUGCCCCAUUUGGUUUUGCCUCAUGGCUCAUAUUUGAUGAAUUUGGGUUCACCAAAACCAGAAAUUUUACAGAAAAGCCGCGAUUUGCUGGUCGAUGAGCUACAACGUUGUGAAAAGCUGGGUAUCACUCAGUUCAACUUACAUCCAGGUGUGUUGAAAGUUUAUCACUGCAGUUUCCGCUCAAGUAUGACGCAUUUAGUUCUUUCGUAUCAUCGCUCUACUUGCGGAAUAAUCACUCGAGAUGAAUGCAUCGAAAUGAUUGCGGAUGGAAUCAAUGCAGCGCUGGAACGGACCAAGUUCGUCGUUGUACUUCUGGAAAAUAUGAGCAGACAGGUAAAAAUCCACAUCCUUUACUUUUUUCGGCUAAUUCCAAUGCAAGGAUUUCCUUUUUCAAUUCAGGGUUAUACGAUAGGCGGCGAUUUCUCUGAACUCAGAGACAUAAUUGCUCUAAUCAAAGACAAAACUCGUAUCGGAGUUUGUUUUGACACCUGUCACGCCUUUGCCGCAGGAUAUGAUGUUAGAACCGAAGACGACUGGAGGAAAACGUUGAAAACGUUUGAUGAAAUCGUAGGUCUGCAGUACUUAAGGGCGAUUCACGUCAAUGAUUCAAAAGGUGAUGCAUUCAUGGUGAAACGUCGUCGAUGCAGUGAUCUUGGUUGCCGGAAGGAUCGUCAUGAAAAUAUUGGCAAAGGUAAAAUUGGGAUGAAUGGCUUUAUCUCGAUGAUGAAUCUUCCGGAAUUGAAUGACAUCCCUCUGAUUCUCGAAACCCCGUGGGAAAGUGACGAAACCUACGCUAGGGAGAUUAAGUUGUUAAAUUCGCAUAUUGCUUGA